CAUCAAGGAAAUCAACAUACUCUCUCUGAAUAUCAAUCAAGCGCUGAUCAAUAUCUGUUGCCAUGAUUUCUCUGUCUUUCUGUCUCUUUCCCUCCCUGCUUUGUUGACAAUGUGCUUAUUUCGCGCCGUUUUCAAUCACGUGACUUUCAUUGACGGACGUUCUCGGAGUUCUUCAAAGAAGGGCGAGAGAUUUCAAGAUGGCUGCGCCCAUGUAGCUGAAAUGAAAAUAUUGACGUUUUUCCGCUAAAAAUGCACAUUUUCUGAAUUUUUGUAUUAUUGUUUCUACUCCUAUGCUUAGAAAUGUCUGUUUCCAGACCAAUCAAAGUAUACCUCCAAAAUGACAAACCACUGGUGUGGAGUUCUAAAGAUGCUGUGGAAUUGAGAGAGGAGUGGAGGAUAGUGGGAUGUCUCAUUGGAUGCUUGCCAAGAUUACCACGUCAAAACAAUCACCUUGGCCUGCCACUUCAGCUCUCCAAAGAAGAAGUCACUCUUAUGCUUGAAAAAGGUGCUAUAAUCCUCAUGGAUGGCAACAGUGGCUUGAGGGAACCCAGUGCUAAGGAGAAAGAGGAAUUUGAUAAAUACAGAGAGCAGAGCUACCAAAAUCAG